AGGAAGACCAAAACGUGGAGCGGAUAACAAGUCCACUCGGCUGUAACAAGCCGUGUGGAGGUUUUUUACAAUAUAUGAUCCCCUCGAAACUGAUUAUGGUGUGACAGCUUGAUAAAUCUCCUCUUUACAAUGGGAAAGAUAAGUCGUCAGCAGUUGAUGAUAUUCAGCAGUGUAUAUGUUGCAUAUACACUGUAUGUAUAUGUCCGGCGGUCUUUUUCCUACACUAUUCCAAUACUGGUCACCGAAGGGAGACUAGACAAGAAACAACUAGGGCUCAUCAUCAGCAGUCAGUCCCUGGCUUACACCCUCAGUAAGUUUGGCUGUGGUAUCCUAGGGGACUUUGUGAGCCCUCGUAUCCUGCUGUGUGUUGGGUUGGCUUGUACUGGACUGACCGCCAUUAUUUUCACAGGAUUUGAUUCAGUGUUUCUCCUCAGUUUCUGGUGGUUCCUCAAUGGCGUGGCUAAUGGACCAGGGUGGACCUCCAUUGGUCGAAUCCUGAAAGCAUGGUGCUCCCCAGAGCAGUUUGGGACUGUAUGGAGUGUUGUGUCCACAUCAAUGAACCUGGCAGGAACAGUUGGGCCUAUCGUCACCACCCUGCUGGUUACAAAGCUGGGCUGGAGGUACUGCAUCCAAAUCGCAGGGUCGGCUGCUGUUGUGGUGGCACUAUUUUGUUUUGCUGUUGUGAAAGACAGACCUGGCUCUGAAACAGUCAACCAAAGAAAAAAUGAUAAAAAGAAAGAUGACAAAGAACCUGAAACAAAUAUAUCACGUAAGGAGUUGCUGUUCUUGCCUGGUUUCCUUGGUAACUGUUGCUGUUACUUGGGAACAGCUCUAGUCCAGCACGGUGUGCUACAGUGGUCCCAGCUCUUCAUUGUGCAGGAGAAGCACCAGUCUGUGCUCACAGGAAGUGGUUUCCUGAGCAGCGUCGACAUUGGAGGCUUUGUGGGAUCAUUUCUGGCAGGCUACCUAUCUGAUUACAUGGUUUCCAAGAAUCCCGGUAUACCUAGGCCUGUCAUUAGGAAGACACUGGUGCUGUAUUUUGAGAUUCUGCUUGGUUGUGUGCUGUACUUUUUCACUGUUCAUAUAUCAGAGGCCUCAUCCAGUGCCACUAUGACAGUGGUAGGUUUCCUAAUAGGAGUAGGUACUUACGGACCCAUCGCUAUGUUUGGAGUCAUGGCCAUGGAAUCAGCUCCAGACAAAAUUGCUGGCACUGCCCAUGCAAUAUCAAGCAUGUUUUCUAAUUUUGGUCUGUUGUUAGCAGGCUUCCCUCUCAGCUACGUUUCUAGUCUCCUGGACUGGCAGACGUCAUUUCUUCUUCUGGUCACCCUAGUCAUCAUCAUUGUCUCGUACCUUCUGCUGAAACUCAAGGCAGAGUUGUCUUCCUUUAAGUCGGCCUCAGGGAAAAGGUGCAAUGUUUUUACAGUUGUAUUCCAUUGACAGUAUAACCAAUGUUUAAUAUUCUGUUUUGGAAGUCUUGUGCAAGAAUGUUGAAAUGAAGUGAUCUGUGGUUUCAUCAAUGUUGGUGGGCAUCUAUUUUUUUUGGAUUUAAUGAAAAGCACAAUAUAUAAUAUGAUUUUUUGUUAACAAUAAUCCAUUAAUGCAAUGCGUUAUUAAUUCUAAAUUGCACUGUGAUUACGGUUAUAUUUCAUUUUGUCUAUCUACUCAUUAACAAAAUCCAUGAGAAUUGAUGUUCACCAAAUUUUGAUGAAACCACCCAUAGUAUACAUGAAUAAAGGGCAUUCCUUUUGUGUAUUUUUAUUUAUAUAUUAAUUUAAAAAGUAAAAAACUAUUCAAUGAUUUUCUUUUACUUGAUUUAGUAAUUUUUGGUAACAUUAUAUUUGAACUUUAUUUCACUUUGAAAUUACACUUAGGAAAAAUUUUAAUGCUGAAAUUUGAUAUAAAAUAUUUUUUUAGUGAAGAAUCAGGAUACCAAAUGAUUUCCUUAAGAACAUAUUCCUAUUUAAACAAAAAUAAAACUGUUUUUAGACAUGUACUUGUGUUCGAAAGGUAGAGUUUUUUCAGUAGUAGUACAUGAAAUUUUGCUAGUCUAAGACUUCUGGGCAAGAUUUAAGAAUAAAUGUUAUUUAUAUUACUAUUUAGGUAUACUGGUACAUUUAAUAUGCAGAAUUACAUUUUGUGAAUUAUGUUAGUUUUGAAUAAGCUGAUAUUUCAGUUUGAAAUGAUUUUAUGGUGUACUGUUAAUGCACCGUUUCAAACUUUAUUUUACAAACAUUAAAUGUCUCACUUUAAGAAUCUUAAUGGUAGCACCGUUUUAAUUACUCAUUUGUUCAUGUGAAUGUAUGAACCUUAAAUGUAUGCAUGUGUCUGCCACUCAGCUUUUUUUGUGUAAAAAAAAGAUUGGUAAACUAGAUGCAGAAUUUUUUUUUUUUUAAGGUCAACUUAUUGAUUAUUUUUGGUUAUAUUUUUGUUAUUUAUUUUUAAAGUUCAAAUGAACAAUCAAAUAUUCUGAUUAAUUUUUUUUUAUUAGUAUUCAGCUUUUACAAAAGUGUUGCACAGGUGGAGGUAUUUUUGGAUGCAUAGCAGGUUUACAAAUAUGUUGAAUGCAUAUCAAUUACAUGUAUAAUUUUUUGAGAAAAAAAAACACUACUUAUUUUUCUGUUCCUUAAAAAGUAAUGCUUAUUUUUUAGUGUAGUAAGUGCGUGACUAAAUACAAUUUUAUAAUACCAGAUUAAUAUAAAAUUUAAAAAAAUGAUUUGGGAAAUGACAAUUGCUUAAACUCCAGGCACAGUUCUAGAUUUUAUUUCCUGGGAAGUCCAAGGGAUUAUUAUUUUUUUUUUUGGGGGGGGGGAGAAGUCUGGAACUAUGGCCAUUUUUUUGGUAAUACCUGUAACAUUGACCACAGUUAAGCUUGAACUCAAAACCCUGUGGUUUAAUAACCAGAGGCUAUAUAUUUGCUGUGCUUAAGGUUUACCCACUUUGUAAUGCUAGAAUAUGUAGUGCUGAUAUGAAUGUGGCAGUAAUGCCCCUAUAUUACUGUGAACCAAACUUUUAUUUUUGUGCAAGAUAUUUUUGCAAGAUUCAAGAGAGUCUCAUUGUCCCAAAUAUUUCUUGCCACAAAUCAGUCUUUGCCAUAAUAGUUACAGUAUAUUAACAAAACAGUUGUGCAUGGAUAAAGCCUUGUUGCAAAAAUAAGUUGCCAUGAGCCAGUUCAUCUCGGAUUAAUUGCCAAAAAGGUUGUCGUGAAUAAAAAUUGUUUUACAGUAUCCACACUAUAUGUAUCACACCUGCCUAUGAAUUGAGUGAUAUCUGAAUAUGUAGUCAGUCAAUGAUCCCGAUACAUUUGUACUUCAUAUAACUGAUGAGACUAUCAGUAUCGUUUCUGAUAUGAUUCUUUUGUAAGCAUACAUUGACUUUAAAUCAUUCUAAAGUCUACAAUUUGCUCAAGUGGUUUUUUUUUAGGGGGGGGGAUGGAUUGAAAAAGGGUUGGUGCUGAUUUAAUGUUUUAUGCUGUUUUGUGAACAUCGAUUUGCCAACUUUUUUGUGACAUUUUGGUACUUGAAAGAGUACAUGAUUACAAAAUUUGUAAUCGUAAUCUUAUGCAAGGAAGUUGAAAGAAGUGUUAUAAAUCUUUAUUAACUCAUUGAAUUGCCACAGACUACUCAAAAAUUGUCAUAAAUAAUUUUAAGAUCCAGAUUUAAAUACAGGUUUGUGCAGGGAUAGGGAUUUUUUUUUAUCAUCAAUGUUGAAUUGAAUGUUUGAUUUUCUUUUUCAUGUUCAAAUUUGUGGAUAUAAAGGUACAUAAAAGUACAUAUAUGAGUCUACAUGUAUUGAUUUUUAGACUAUUCUGUAUGUGUUAUACCAGGUAUAUAUAUGUUAUACAAGGCAUGCAAAACUGUGUUCAAAAUUAUUUUUCUAUACAAUCCUUUUGUAUUGUAAUACAUCUAUUUUGAAUAUUUAACUGUAAUAUGUCUGAAGUUCAUAAAAACUAUGACUUCGUUUGUGGUAGAUAAAUUGUGUUAUCACA